CAUAUAUUUUUUUUCCCCCAACUGAUGACCCUUUUUCCUUCCCGCAGCGUUGGGUAACCAACCAGACUCUUGACUCGUUAACAUCCCAGCCUUCCUUUUAUCUGUCUUGACGAUUAGGCUGAGGGGGGCUCUUCAUCCACAGCUGUUCCGCGCGUUCUCCUAAAGAUAAGAGUUCCUGGAGGGACAAUAGAGUGUGUGUGCGUACAGUGUGUAAAGGGCUGGGGUAAAACGUCGAUAGCCUGAAAACAGCAAUUUUUUUUUUUUUUUUUUGCAAGCAAGCAAGCCAGAUUGCCACCACCGAACGUAAGGGCUGCUGGAAUUUCUAACAUCUCGCCCGCCAGCCUCAGCCACACUCCUCACGUGACGUCGGUGACGUCAGCCGACCCAGAGAAAGCCUUUCCAAGCGGGCGCUCAGAACACGUGUGCAAGCACGCCUGACAGGCUGCUGAAAGGCAGCAUUCGCUACAGCCAUGAGUCCGGGAACAUGUUUCGUCGUACUUCUGCUGCUCGUGAUGGGCUCCAGCGGCCAGGACCACUUCCCGGGCAGCUCGCCGCUCUCCUGGCUUCGGAACCGCGUGUUCGGAUCGAAGCAGAACGAACAACGGUUCAUCAACCGCGUUGCCGCAGCUACGCAAAGCCUGGCCGCCCUGAUGAACGACCCCGUUGUGGUCGCCGAACUGAACAGAUACUACGGACUGCUGCUUCGCAACCCCGACGUCAACAAUAUCGUGGAGUCCGUACGACCCUCGACCACGCGACCGGCAACGCGACGCAUCUCUGCCGCACCACCGGAAAUGCCGCCACCACCGACGACAACGACUUCGUCGCGGACGUCUACUCUGACCUCGUGGACAACGGGCCAACCGGAGUCGCCGACGACCACGGCCACUCCGACGACCACCGUUCGUCCCGCGAGCCCCAGCGCAGGAACCAAGGCCGCGGUUCAGCCGAAACAGCCCGACAGCCUCGUGAGCAGAGUGAACGGAGUCGAGUACCGCUUCUACUUUGACCCGAAGUUGGUGGUUCGGCCGCCCGACGGACCGAGCGUGCGGGCCCGGGUCCGCCGGCACUUGAACCUCGUGAGGCUCAACGACGUGGAGAACUGCAUGUCGUUCCUGAUCUGCGAGAUGUCCCGGUACCCGCUGCGUUACGGACCGCUGGGAGUCAAGGUGGAUCGCUUUUUCAGGUAUCCCAUGUGGGACACGGGCUCUUCGGCCGCACACUACGCCGCCAUGGCCCGACAUGGCCGCCGCGAUGGCGGCUGUCGCGGCCGCAUCUCCUCCUGUCGGCACCCGAUCGGGCCGCUGUUCCAACGCCGCUACAGCUUCCGGUACGGACACUUUUGAGCGGCGCCGAGCGUAAAAAGCACGUUGCUUCAUUGCGUCCAAAGGACGUAGGGCCUACCCGCAACCUCAUUCGCAGCGAUCACUUCAUCGGACCAUAGUAGGGAUGAGUCCAUGUGCCUUUCCGAUGGAAACGGAGCGUGUGGUUUCUUCACUUGCGCGCAAUAAAUGCAAAGAGCUCACU